AUGAGGCAGGCCGAGGGACACGGCAUGAUGCUGAGUCCAGUGGGUCGAUCCUCGCGCUGGCGCUACGACUCUUCGGCGCCCAGUAACUAUGAUGACAGUGGCUUGUACUGUGGCGGCUUUUGGAAACAAACCGAGAACAAUGGCAACUGCGGCCUGUGCGGCGACGACUACAGCUUAGACACGCCACGGCCCAACGAGCUCGGCGGCAAGUUUGGCGCUGGGGUUAUAGUCAAGAGCUACAUCGGUGGCAGCUCGAUUGAGAUUAACGUGCUCAUAACGGCCAACCAUAUGGGCUACUUUAGCUUUCAUCUCUGCAACCUGGAUGCGUUUGGCAGUGAGUCGGAGCGCUGCUUCGACAAGUAUCCGCUGCAGUUCCCCGAUGGCAGCUUCAAGUACUUCAUUGGCUCAAAUACCGGCAGCUACGAUGUGCGCGUCCAGCUGCCCAGUGGCGUCAGCUGCAAGCACUGCGUGCUUCGCUGGACCUAUACGGCGGGCAACAACUGGGGCAUCUGCGAGGACGGCAGCGGCGCCAUGGGCUGCGGUGCCCAAGAGAACUUCAAGAACUGCGCUGACAUCAGCAUUUUAAGCUCUGCCAGAGGCCUCAUCGAGGACUUGGCACUGCCUGAGCCAGUGCCAGAGCCUGUUGAAUAG